UAGAACAAGACGAUAGACAUAAAGGAUUGUGUUCUAUUUCGCUGAUGAAACAUUGGAUAAAGUGUGGAUAGAACCCCGUUGGCCAUUUGAUCUUCAGGAUUGUAUUUUUUCAUUGAGGAUUGUGUUUCCUUUUCUAUUUAACGAUGGGAGACCCAGGACAAAGGCGCAGAUGGGAGUACUGGUGGGUUGCUCUGCGUUUCUCUUUGCUGCUGUGCUUCGUGGAGCAGGUUUCGGCUCAGAUAAGGUACUCUAUUCCCGAGGAGGUGGAAGAGGGAGCCGUUGUUGGAAAUGUUGCUAAGGAUUUGGGUCUUGACGUCAGUAGUUUGGUGGAGAGGCGGUUUCGAAUCGUUUCUGGAUCUAAGGACGCUCUUUUCCAGAUAAAUCAGAACAAUGGCGUCUUGUAUGUUUAUAAGAAUAUUGACAGAGAGGAGCUUUGUGUCGGAAAUGUUGCAUGUGUGAUAGAUCUAGAGAUCAUUGUUGAAAACCCGUUAGAAGUCCAUUACGUAGGUGUAGAAAUAACAGACAUAAACGAUCAUACCCCCAGCUUCUCCGAGAAAGAUAUACACAUCAAAAUAGCUGAGAAUAAACUGCCAGGGGCUCGUUUUGAACUCCAGGCUGCGCGUGAUUUGGACUAUGGAAUAAAUUCAGUACGUACCUAUAAAUUAAAUCAAAACGAGCAUUUUGAUUUAGAGCUGCGAGAUAGCGGGGAAGGUGAUAAAAUCCCGUUUUUGGUUUUACAGAAAGCUUUAGAUAGGGAACAGAAGACCAAACAUGUAUUACUAUUGACAGCAUUGGAUGGGGGGAAUCGGCCUAGAACAGGUACUCUGAACAUCACUGUCACAGUCCUUGAUACAAAUGAUAAUCAACCUGUAUGUAGCCAAGACGUCUACUCAGUGACAUUACAGGAAAAUGCUGAUAUCGGUAGGAUUGUAGUAAGGGUUAACGCAACUGAUACAGACCAUGGAUCAAAUGGAGAAGUUGAAUAUACACUUGGUAGGAAUUUAAAGCGUGGAGUAUAUGACAUAUUUGAACUGGAUAGCCUUACUGGAGAUAUUCGGGUUAAAGGUCCAGUAGAUUUCGAGGAUAAUGAGGUGUACAGGUUAAAUAUAGAGGCGUCUGAUAAAGGCCAACCUCCACUGACUGUUGAUUGUCGAGUUAUUAUAAAGAUAACUGAUGUAAAUGACAAUAAACCAUCUAUUGGUGUUACAUCCCUCUCUAAUACGGUGUCUGAAGUUUCUAACCCAGGAACUGUUAUUUCUCUCAUCAGUGUGACAGAUAAAGAUUCCGGUAUUAAUGGUAAAGUGCUUGCUAGUAUAUCUAAAGACGUGCCAUUUGAGUUAAAGUCAUCAUAUAAAGAAAACGUAUAUUCUAUCGUCACAAAGGGCCGUUUAGAUCGAGAACUCGUGUCCCAUUAUGACAUCAUAAUAACAGCCACUGACUGUGGUCAGCCUCCUCUGUCCACAAUCAAAACUCUGACCGUCCAGAUAUCAGAUGUGAACGAUAACAGACCAGAAUUCUCCCAAAACUCUAUUGAGCUGUACUUAGUGGAAAAUAACGCCCCUGGUGGGUCCAUAAUCUCUGUAAGCGCCACAGAUAAAGACUUAAAUGAAAAUGCAGCAAUUUCAUAUCACAUUGUUAGAGGAGAAGGGACACAAAAUGUCAUUGCAUCUUUCCUGAAUAUCAAUUCUGAUAAUGGACUUAUUUCCGCUCUAAAAAGCUUUGACUUUGAAACCCUCAAAACAUUCCAAUUCCAAGUUGUAGCUACAGACUCUGGAACUCCGUCACUCCUGUCUUUAUACAUUCUCUAUGUACCGAUCCACCAUUCAUUUAAGUCCCAGUCCUUUUCAUUUUACUCCCACUAA